CGAUGAUGGCCGUCGAUUGUCAGUUGUGAUGGUGUGAUCACCAGCGAAACAUCACCUGAUUGUGUUAUUAUGCACGAAGAGCCUGUGUGAGAUUAUACGAUCAUGAAUAUUAUAACUACUCGCGUCACAUCGUGUGUUAGGCCACUCUUACUCACGAGAAGUGUAUCGAUAAGUUGUCGGAGACGCAAAGAUGAAUUUCAAGAUUUAAUUCAUCCGGAAGGUCGGGAGCCCAGCAUUCCAUAUUAUGUGGAGCGUGAUGGGGAAGAUGCAGAUCUCAAAAGAGCACGAUUGACAUAUCAGUCUCGUAAGCGCGGAAUGUUGGAAAACGGACUACUUUUAAGCACAUUUGCAAAAAAAUACUUAAAUACAUUCAAUGAUACACAAUUAAGAUUGUAUGAUCAUCUUAUAAAUUUACCAUCAAAUGACUGGGAUAUAUUCCAUUGGGCAACUGGUGUUAAACCGACCCCACCUGAGUUUGAUAACGAAGUGAUGGAUUUAUUGAAAAAACAUACUCAGAAUGAGGAUCGACAGGCUAGGGUAACACAACCAGAUCUAUAAAUAUACAUAGUACAUUACGUAGUAAAAUAAUUAAAAAGUAAUGUAACACAUAUAUACUAGUGAAAUAAUUUAGUCUCAAAUGUAAAUUUACCUCAAUAAAGGUAUAUAUGUUUAGGAAUAAUAAAGAAUAUUAUUCUCUUUA